GCUGAGGAGGGUGGGAGGUCUGGGGCUGGAGCACGUAACCUGCUUACAAAUUAACACCAGCACCAAACUCGGACAGCGUGACUGAGUUUCUCCUCCUCGCUGUUGCUCCGCUCUGCCUCUCUCCUCUCUCCCUGAGCCAUCUUCCCGGUCGGAUCGGUCGGUCUGCGGUCUCCACACUUGCGCGUCGCCGCCGCUGCUCCACUUCUGACCGACUUCUGGCCGGAGACCGACCGACCGAGCAGCAGCAGCUCUGCUCGCCGCUGUGGCACCGGAGGGACCGACAGCAGCGCCGCAGGAGGCGACAGAUUCACAUCCACAUCGAGCCUUUUUCUGCAACAAGCACGGACUGAUCGGAGGGACGGAGACAUCUGCCAUGCCAGAUCUGAACGGAGGAGGAAAUCUUGAUAAGUACGAGCCGGUUUUUUUCUCCUCUCUCUUCUUCUUCUCUCCUACAAACUGCUCGGUGUGGCAGCAGCGAUGACUUUGCCCUCUCUCCGCCUCUCCAUGAGCCUUCCUCCGGAGCCUGACUGUACACAAACAGCCAGACUGUGAGACUUUUAUCGGCUCAUCAGCGACAAUAAAAGAGACUUUACUGGGCAUCGACGGCGCUUCUGCUCGAGGGGGGAAAACAUAACACAUUAUUUGCUUUUAAAUCAAGCCAAGAAGAUCGAGCCCAAGUGCGAGACGAAUGGUUUGGGCAUGGUGCCCACGCCCCAGGUGUGCGUAUCAACCCUGGUGACGGUGAGCACGAUGGCAGUGGUGGACCUCUACUUGCUGGAGCAGAGCAUGCUGGGAGCCCGCGGUCUUUCAGGACCUAGUGUGUGGCAAUGUGCGGCGGUGUUGCUAGGUGAUGCGGGCUUCCUGCUCGCGCUGCGCUUUGUCUCGGCUGGCGUGGUGUCGGAGGCGCGGUCGCCACGUCGGGGUUUUGCCAACGCCCUCUGGUUCCUGUUCCUGUCCCUGCUCCAGCUCAAGCUCUUCUUUGUCUGCCACAACUACAGGCAGGAGCGCCGGCCGCCCGAUCCGCUGGCCAGAAAGACCCUGACGCUGCUGCUGUCCAUCUGCCUGCCCUCCCUGUUCCUCAUCCUGACGGGAGCUGACCACAUGACCCCGCAGCGCAGGAAGCAGGAGGUGCGGGGCCGGCUCCUCUGGGUGGUGGUUGACCUGCUGGAUGUGCUGGACUUGCAGGCAGGGUUGUGGGAAGCCCAAGGAGGGUCCACGGCGGGGACUACAGGGGUCACCGAGCAGAGGCUGCCCAUCUGGGCUGAGGGCUUGGUCUUCUUCUACUGCUACGCCCUCCUGCUGCUGCUGCCAUGCGUGGCCCUCACAGAGCUGGGGGCCACCGGCCUGCCAGGACAGAGAGGACCCCGUAAGGAGGCUUUGUACCCUUGGCUCAGCUUGGUCACUAUCAAUAUCUUCACCUUGGCCCUGCGAGGCACAGGAAUGCUGUGGUACAGGGACCCCCGUGUGUCCACUGUGUUUCUGGGGAAGAACCUUCUGGCUCUGGCUGUGAAGCUGAGCUCGGCCUGGGAGAGACACAAGCAGGAACGUGGUGCUGCAGGAGCCGAGACUGUGGCUGGAGCGGAACCAGGAGACUCUACCUUGCCAAGCCAGAGUUCAGAGCAGGGAGAGGGCCAGGCCCAGGGGAAAGCUCCCCCCUCUCAUUAUCACACACUGUCUCGUUCUCAAAGCCACACUCUUUCCCAUGUCAGCCUGGAGCCCACAGCGGCGCCCUUAGGACCCUCUUUCAUCUCCCACGAACUCUAGAGAAUCACCAUGAACAUGCGCGCAUGCACGCACACGCACCCAAACUCGAAAUUCAGACCAGCCAAGCCAGCAUCACAUCCAAGCAGAUAAUUUGUAUUGAAUUUCAGUACAACAGCGAUGGGUAUAAUGCAGAGCUGUGGAAAUGAAUUUGGCAAGCUUGGCUAUCUGCACAUUUUGUUGUGCUAAGAAUAACAGAAAAUGCAUUGCUGUGAUUUAUGGGAGUGUAUUGUUUAAGUCAACACUGUGAACGCAUCUGUCAGAGUGUACAGACGAUUCAGAAAUGUAUGUUGAAGUCUAGUGGUGUUCAUUGUUGUUUAAUCUGGGCUUAACUGCCUUACCUGUUCGCCUGCCUGUUAUAUUCUGUCCUUGUAGUUUGAGCUGUUUUUUCUUUUUCAUAUUAAGUUGUAAUUCAGAUUUCUUGCUAAUCAUCCAAUGCCACUCCAUGCCCUCUGUCUGUGUAGAAGUGAGGAAAACAAAUAGAAGUUAAAAUUCAUGUUGUUUUUUGGAGAAAAAUUGGAUCAACACUCGUCUACCUUUAGAUGCCAAAAUACAGUCCGUGACCUUUCAGUGUACAAUUUCUCUGUCACUCUGCAGAGAACUUUCAGAGAAAACUUUAAUAUAGAGGAGUGAUGAUUCAUUUUUCCCUCACCACCACAGAGCACAGAUUCUAAACCCAUCUACUAGUAAAAUUCACACUCUACACUGUGCUUCAGUAUUUUAAUGUAGAGCCCAACCCAAUGACCCUGUCAAUGGAAGUCUGCUCACGACCCCAAGUUAUGUUCCCCUUGGAUUUAUUUAGAUGCCGCAGGAGGUAAAAUAUAGUUUUUCCAUAAUAUAAAAAUGCAAAGGUUAAAGAGAUAUAGAUACUUAGUGUAGCUUAAAUAUGUUUAUACCACAUGUUGUAUCUUUUUAUUAAGCCCAUGACUUCCCAGAUAUAUGCUGGGACUUUGCCCAGAGGUUGUGAACCUCUCAUGCCAUCAUGGUGCCAGAUUUUCAUUCCAUCCAAAUGGAACACUGACUGAUAUUCAUAUUAGUCCCUCUUGUCUGGCAGAAAAUGUCUCGUUCCUAAAGCCACACUCUCCCCCAUGUCAGCCUGGAGCCCACAGCGACGCCCGCCCUCAGGACCUUCUUUCAUCUCCAAUGAACUCUAGAGAUUCAUUCUGAACAUGAAACAUGCACAAAUAUGUGUGCAAGGAAUCAGUCACUGUGUUGUUUGGUUGGAGUGAAAACCUGCAGACUCAUGGCCCUCAAGGCCGAUCGUUCCUUUUAGACUGUGUUUGGUCGUACAGCAUCUAUUAUGUGACUUAAAUGCAGGGUUUGAACAUCAGUCACUUAGAUAUAAUUGUGCUUUAGUAACUGCGAUGUAUAAUCCACCUUCAAGUACAUUUCAACACUUGUUGAUGUUAAAAUCAUCCUUCAUCCUGCAGCAAUUUUAACGCAACAAAAUGUGCAAAUCUCAAGAUGCCAACUAUGAAAGACUCCAAUUGCAUCAAUACAAUCUUGCACUGGUGGGGCAUAAUGACGGGCAAUAAGCAUUUUACAUAAUCUUUAUGCCGUUGUUACUCAAACCGCAGUACAGGUCUAUUUUACUACAGUGUUUACAAAGACUGAAUACCAAUGUAAGUAAUCCCUUUACAGUUUCAAAAACUUAAUGUUUUGUUGUCAUCUGUACUUGUCUGUCUCAAAGUCACUGUUAUUUUCAGAAAGAAGAAGAAGAACAACAACAAAAAACUGUCCGGCUGCCUGUCCUACCCUCCAGUCCCCUUUUUCACUACUUUUUAAUUCCAUUUGAAUUAUGGAUGGAGCCUUUCAUUGGGUUGUCAGAUGUUGGGCCUUGUGGGAUUAUGGGUCAGAGCAGCAGGUGUAGAGGAUGUACAGUACUGUCAAGUGCCUUGUUUCACACAUGAAGCCUCUGGGUCGUUGUGAGGCGUACACGUCAUGUGUACCAUGUGGAACUUGGACAUAUGCCAUGUGUAAACUGUGAAGUUAUUCCACAGCUGUUGUCAGCUACACCUCCAGGACAGAGAACAGACUAAUAAAGUAUUUCAUACUCGC